GCCAGAGUCUACGUGGUGAGGUAUGGAACCACUAACCCGGUUGUACACUUGUCACCAUGGUUGAGAUCCGUAGUGGGUUAGACACGAGCCCCUAUAGCAAGGAGCGGCAAGAGAAAAUGACCGCCUUAGUGAAAGAAAAUAGGGAGAGAAAAGAGCGUGAAAAGCAGGCGAAGUUGAAGGCGAUUGCGGAGGAACAGGCAGCGAAGAUGAAAGAGAUAGAGGAGGAGAUGGAGAGAAAGAAGAAGGUUGUUAAAGAAGAAGUGGCAGCAGAAGAAGAGAAAGAGAGGAUGAAAAUUGAGAGUAGAGAAGGGAGUAGUGGCACGAAGCGAGACACAGGCGCAGAGAUGGAGAAGAAAAUAAGUGACUGGGUUGCUAACUUAUUGUUGGGUGAAGAUGAGGAGGCACAAAUGUAUGUGCCGCCAGAAGAGAAAGAGGCGUUUGCCAAGACCCUUGGACUGAUUAAGGACCCCCUUGAACGUCAAGAGGCCGAGGAGGAGAAAAGGCUGGAAUGGAAGUUGAGGCUUAAAAGGGAGCAGAAGAAGAGAAGGGAGGAAGCCAACCGGUUGACCGCAGAGGUGGAGAAGGUACGGCCGUGUAGACAGGAAGUCCAGGCGCAGACAAAUAUGUCUGCCAAGAUGGAUAAGAUGUUAGGAUAUUUAGAAGUGUUGAGUGAGGCCUGGCUAAAGGCACGACACGCCAAUUAGGGUCAAGAUAUUACCCUGAAGGUCAUGCGGUCAGGGUUUAGAGAGUUCACGCGCGAGAUCGUCACCCACAU